CCUAUCGCCAGUAUCGUUACCGCAACCACGUCCUUCCUUUCGAAAACUCAUCGUUAGUUUAUACGUUGUAAAAGCUUUAAGCCAACUGUUUAAAAUAUAUCGUAAAAAUUUAAUAGAUAAAUCAACUCUAUACGUCAAUAAACCGCACAACAUUUUCCGUCUGCUCAGCUUUCUGCUCUUUUCGGAAGGCAUAAGAAAAAAUAUAAUACAAACACUUCGUCUUUUGUGUUUUUCUUUGCAUUCAAUCGUACGUUUCGAGCGCGUGUUAUCUGCAACUCAUCCGUUACCCUUAGCUCUUGCAUAUUUUUUGCAAACUUUUCAAUUGAAAAACGAUUUAAUAAACAGUGAAAAGAAGCUGUUUGAGUGAAUUAAGAAUUUUGGAGGUUGUGCGCAUCGGUUACGUCGAUUGCCAAGCUUCAUUAGGAAUAACGUGUCCUAGAAUAACCUGGUCAUUUAAUAGCACUUCAGAAACUUGUUGAACGUAAGAGCAUCUGGCUCUGUAGAUCGUGUAAGAACUGUAACGCCAGGUCCACGCAGAGACUAAAGGAUCAUGGCCAAGUGGGGAGAAGGCGAUCCACGAUGGAUUGUGGAGGAGAGGCCAGAUGCUACUAAUGUCAACAAUUGGCAUUGGACUGAGAAAAAUGCAAAUGCUUGGUCUCAAGAUAAAAUAAAGGAAAUUUUUACAGACAGCGUUAUUGAAGGAGAUGGGUACAAAUGUAAGAUAACAGAAGUAGAAAAGUGUGAAGGCGAGGCAGUGGCGAAUAAUAGAAAAGGAAAGUUAAUCUUUUUUUAUGACUGGAGUAUUAUUUUAAAGUGGAAACUACAGAACGGAAAGGAAACGAUUGAAGGAAAAAUCAACAUCCCAAACAUGUCGGAAGAAAACGAUAUCUCUGAAGUCGAUGUUGAAAUUACUUUGAAGGACAGUACAGAUGAGGGUGAAAAAGUCAAGCACAUCUUGCAUACUAAGGGAAAAGCUACUGUGAGGGAAAAACUAAAGAAGUACGUGACGAGUUUAAAAGAAGAUUUUACAACCGGAAUGAUUCUGCCCAAAAAGGAUUCUACAAAUAAAAAUAUGACCAACAUAACAUCUGGCUUUAAUGCAAAAAUGCAAAUAAAUAAAACGGUUGAGCCGACAAAUAAUAACCAAACUAUUGGAUGUAAGAUUGUAACAACUACUAUAAAGCAACAGCAAAAAUUCAUGUGCAGAGGUAAAGAUUUUUACAACGUCAUGACAACACCUGAGAUGGCUAUAGCAUUUACGAGAGGUGCGGUAAAACUACAGGCUGAAAAAAAUGGAAAGUUUGAGUUCUUUGGUGGAAAUAUUUAUGGGGAGUUUAUUGAAAUCUCGCCCACAAAAAUAGUACAAAAAUGGAGGAGCAAAUCAUGGCCAUCUGGUCACUUUAGUGAGGUGGUGUUUAAUAUUGCAGAAAAAAAAGAUCACACCGAAGUCAACUUGCUGCAAACAGGAGUUCCUGAGAGUGAAGAGGAAUCAACGAAACAAAACUGGGAACGGUAUUACUGGGACCCUAUUAAGAGAACCUUCGGUUUCGGUUUUUUUAUGUGAUUCUCUUCAGUGUUGUUUUCUCUUUGCAUAAUAAACUUAAGCUAACGUGGAAUCGUUUUGCGCUGCGCUGUCACUGCCUUCAUUGUCAAGGAGUCUCGCUAAGUAGGUAUUAUAAAUAUUUAUUGAUAAGUAGAUGAGAAAAUAGUAAAAUACAGACACGCAGUGCAAUGCAAAGUUUUCAAUUGAAAAACGAAAGAAGUGCAAAGAGUCGACAAUUUACAAAGAAUCGCAUGGCUGAUUAUUUUUUUAAAAGAGUUUCAACCAUAUUUAUGACACAAGACUUUUAGUUACACAAAAUGAACUUUUGAUGAAAGAUAAAUUAAUUUUCUACAUUGUGAUUUGUUGUAUGAUGACACAUAGUACAUUUAUUUUAUCUUGGUAUAAUUAUUGGCACGUCUAAGACUCCUUUUUGUUUUCGUUCAAGUACUUACUACAACAAUGGGUUUUAUAAUCAUUUAAAGUAAGUAAUUAUGAUUGGUACUAUUACUUUUUGAGGAAAAUAAAAAAAAAAAAUUAAUCUUCGAUUUCCGUAUUUCUGUUGUUCCGUAAUACUUUUAUACAGUAGUGUUUAUAAAGCAAAAAGAA